AUGCCGAAAAGUCAUCACUUCACUCGAUUGCUUAUUGAUCAUUCGCACGAAGUCACAUUGCAUGGAGGUGUGUCACUCACGUUAGCACAUUUACGUCAUCAAUAUUGGUUGGUCAGCGGCCGACAAACCGUUGCAUCUCGUCUACGGAAAUGUGUGACAUGUUUUCGAAGCAAACCUGAAGUAUCGAGUCAAUUGAUGGGAAAUUUGCCAUAUCAUCGAGUCAAUCCACCGACGAGACCGUUUGUAGCGACGGGUGUUGAUUACACCGGUGCCAUCGAACUGAAAUCAUCAAAGUAUCGCGGAAACACUACAUACAAAGGAUACAUUGUGGUGUUCAUUUGCCUUGCGACGAAAGCAGUCCAUUUGGAAGCAGUGACAGGUAUGUCAACCGAACAUUUUCUUUGUGCAUUACAUCGAUUUAUCGGUCGCAGAGGUCUGUGCCAACACAUGUUCAGCGACAACGGCACCAAUUUCAUUGGGGCAGACAAUGCGCUCAAUGCCAAAUCAAUUGAAACAGAUAUCGUACCAAAGCUCGCUGAAAGAGGCAUUCAAUGGCAUUUCAAUCCGCCUCAUUCACCCAAUUUCGGUGGUUUGUGGGAAGCCAACGUUAAGUCAACGAAGUACCACUUGAAGCGCAUCAUCGAAGGCACACGAUUAACAUACGAAGAAUUGUCAACCGUAUUAGUACGUAUCGAAUCAUGUCUCAAUUCGAGACCAUUAUGCCCACUCACAUCUGACAUCGACGACUUGGAUGUGCUAACGCCUGGCCAUUUUUUGAUCGGGGAAUCGUUGCUUGCGCCACCACCCGAGCAACCCACAAUCAAGGUGUCACUCAGCAACAACUACAUCGCUCUGCAACGCAUGAUCCAACAGUUUUGGUCGCGAUGGUCUUCCGAUUGGCUGUCAUAUUUGCAAAAUCGACCGAAGUGGCAUCAAACACAGCCAAACUUGAAACUCAAUGAGCUCGUAUUAAUCAAGGAUGAUCGAUUGCCACCAAACGAAUGGCUGCUUGGACGAGUCAUCGAAUUGCACCCUGGCGCCGAUCAGUUGGUGCGAGUAGCGACCGUACGCACAAAGAAUGGAAAUUACAAACGACCCAUCUCGAAGCUCUGUCGUCUCCCGAUCUGUGAAGAGGAAACCGGCUCAAGUUCAUCGCCGCAAUAG